ACGCGCUCCCAAACUUAACCUAAACGCAAGACCAUCUCUGCACAAGAUAUAUUCUCGAGUUUUAAAAUAGUGAUACUCGUUUACAAGUACCGGGACAAUGGUCAAUCCGUUGUUAUCUUACAUUUUUGUACUCGGAAUAGUGGCAAGGACCACCGUGUCACAGUUUUCUGCGGAUGACUGUAAACUCCUAGGAUUUAAUAAAGCUAAUUUGUUAUGUUCCACGUGUGAGAAGUUAAUGACCCACAAUCUCGUAGACAUCUAUGACAAUUGCAAGGAGUGUUGUUUGAAAGAUGACAACGAAGAUGCGUUAGGGCAGAAGCGAUAUCCCAAGGCUGUUUUAGAAGUUUGUACGUGCAAGUUUGGCGCAUACCCUCAAAUCCAAGCUUUCAUCAAGAGUAAUCGCCCGCGCAAGUAUAAAAAUUUGCAAAUCAAAUACGUUCGUGGCCUGGACCCUAUCAUUAAGUUGCUAGGAGUGGACAAUAGAGUCGAAGAUGUUUUAGAUAUUCAUAAGUGGGAUACGGAUUCUGUCGAUGAAUUCUUGGCAACACAUCUUGUUCUGGAUUAAUAAUCGUGAACAAGUAAUAGACUAAGGACGUUCCUUCAUGAAGCACCGAGCCGAACAGGUGGCUACAUUUUUAAUAAAACGGAAAAUCUAA